AAUAACACAAAAAGCGUUUUAGUGGGACCAAAAUAUUACACGCUUGUGGUCGUCGGAUUGUCGCCGAACCGGCCGAUCGUUUUUUUUUAUAGGCACCAUGGCAUGGCUCAAACACGAGUAAAAAUUUAAUUAAUCAUUAUCACGCCAUGUUACCUGCUAUAGUCAAUUUUAUUCAUUUCAAAUACGUACUAUUGUGUUGCUUAGAAUACAUCUGUUGAUAGUUUUCAAAAUGCUGGCGUUUAGAAAUUAUUAUUUAUUUUUAAUUAACGUAGUUUUUUUUACAAUAUUCGCUGUUCAACUUGUAUCGGCCGAUGAAAAUGAUAACAAUAUUCCGAAAACUGAAACCGAGACAGAUGUAGUACUCAAUUGGGCAAAUGAUAUCGGCAACGAGCUUUGGAAAAUUGGGGAAAGAGUUACCAAAUUGCAAGAUAUCAAACAAAGAUAUGUAGACAUGAACGCGAGUGUAGAGCCGACAAAUGGCACAGAAAUCCUCAACACCAUUGUUGUUCGUAUGAAUAAAUUGAUUAAAGAAAAAGUCGACGCAGUUAUGCGCCUUCAAAAUGCUACGCAAGAGGCGGAAAGUCAAAAAGGAACAAUACCAUCCGAUCUUAUGGCCAGGAAAGAGAUAUCGUACCGCAAUUCAAAAUUUUCCGACAUUUCUGUCAAUGAUCCUAGGCCUAAUUUCAAUUAUUCCACGUACUACGAAGUGCCUGAAAAUUUGACUUUUGAAAGCAUGAAUUUGAGCGUCGAUCCUCACUUUAAUUAUGUUUUGGUCAACACCGACUACAGUUCAGUGCAUGUGCCAACAAAUAUUUACGACAGAUGGGACAGAGUCAUUGAACCGAUAGUUUGGUCUGAAAAAUUAGACGAAACUUUUAAAGAAAAUUACGACAAAGAUACAUCGCUAAUGUGGCAGUAUUUCGCUAGCACGUCGGGAUUUCUAAGACAUUUUCCAGCUUACCGCUGGGCAAUGGAACCUGACAAGUACGAUUGCCGUAAACGUAUUUGGUACGUUCAAGCAGCCACUUGUUCAAAAGAGGUGAUCAUAUUGAUCGAUAAUUCUGGAACGAUGUACGGUAUGAGGAAUACCAUAGCUCAGCUGACGGUCGAUACGUUACUUCAGACGUUCAGUAACAACGAUUUCGUUAAUCUUUUCCAAAUGAUAAAAGAAGAGGUGCAUUGUUUAGUGGAUUGUUUCAACGAUACCCUCGUCCAAGCUACACCCGAAAAUGUGGAACUAUUCAAGAAAUCAUUGUACGAUAUGUGUCCCGAUAACAAAAUCAAUUUUACAAAGGGAUUUAUUAAAGCAUUUGAAAUGUUACACGAUUUUAUACAGAAUAAGACCGAACAAUCCGAAAGGCGUAAUCAGGCCAUCUUCCUAUUAACAGACCAGCUACCUUCUCAAGCUGAAUUUGAUGUAAUACUAAGAGAAUACAAAAGGAUUUACGGAGGGCCAAACAUGGAAGUGGAUUUGUUCAUCUAUUUUAUCGGCAAAGACAUUGUAGAAGUUAAUGAAGUGCAGUGGGGAAGUAAAUGUCUAAAACCAGGCUCAAUAGUCCACGUUCGAACUAUGGACGAAGUACCCGAAGACGCACUUAAAUAUCUACCAGUCAUAGCGAGAACUCAAAAUGAAAACACGCAGAACUAUCCGGUAUCUUGGACUCACGUAUUUUUAGACAUAAAGAGGGAUAGAGGUUCUGAAAUGGGAGAAGAUCAGCCGGAAGUCGAUGAUGACCAACAAGACCAUCCCGAAUAUGGCAAUUUAAACGAACCUUUCAUAAUGACAUCAGUCACAACGCCAGUUUACAAAAAGAUAAAUCUCACAAAUCCAACGCCCGGGAAAGAGGAAAUGAUCGGAGUAGCAGCCAUCGACGUUCCAGUUGCAGAUUUCGAAAGACUAGUAAUAUCUCAUAAAAUCGGUGUAAAUGGAUACGCCUUUAUCGUCACCAACAACGGAUAUUUAUUAUUUCAUCCGGAUCUGACACCAGUAAAAGACAAAACUUUCAGAGUCAAUUUCAAUAGUGUAGACUUGACUGAAAUAGAAUUUUAUGAUGAUAAUGAAAACGAGCCUAGAAAACCGAAUGAGAGAAUCGUAGAGUUGAGAAGGAGCAUGGUGAAUCAAGAACGCAAUCUAAUGGAAAAUAUGACCAUUAAAUUUCAUUACGAUAGCCAGACUCGUGUUGGUUCAGAACUGAGAAGUUAUUUCUAUGCGCCUUUAAGAUGCAGUCCAUUUACACUGGGUUUAGCUUUACCCAAAGGUUACGGUAAUUACUGGAUCAAAGCCGACGAAACGAAAUUAAAAGAUGAAAAUUACUCUCAUUAUUUUGAAACCGAUGGUAAUUGGAAUAUUCAUCCGAAAUGGACUUACUGCGACUUCAGAACCAGACAAAAAUACGAUUACCGCACGCCCAAAAAGAAGCUACAAAAAUUUUUAUCCAUGAUGUUCGAGGAUAAAAGGACUAGAAAUUUCACAUGGCACGAUGAGCACCAAAUCAAAGACGCUGACAAGAACAUAGAUUUCGACGAUACGUUUGCUACCUGCUUUACUGUGGAUACUACAUUCAAACCAGAAGGGGAUUACUUUUGCGAUAGGGAAUUAAUGGACGUAUUAUUUUUCGAUGCGAAACUUACAUUCAAAGAAUUUGCAAACGAAAUUUCACCAGAAGAUAAAGAUUUUUUCACAAGAAAUGGAAUUCAAGUAAAAUUUGUAUCAACUCAAAGUGGUCUGACGCGAUGGAAAGUUUUCAAUGAGACCGCAACAUCCAGAAAUUUUGGUGAAACGAAUAAUAAAGCUCUCGAUGAAGUUUGGUACAAAAGCGCGGUCCUUUUACACGAAUCGAAACACGAAAGUUUUGUAUUUUCGUUGCCUAAAAAAAUAGAAAAUUCUAAAGAACGAUAUAUCACAGCCAGUCACGCAAUUUUCUACAGCGCAUCGUCAGAAAAUGAAGCACCUGAAGCUCCUGGUGUUGUAGUAGGAUACGAAAUGGCUUACGAAAAUUUCUGCCAAUUGAUAAGCAAUAAUAAAUACCAGCUAACCGAAAGCGUUCACUUCGAUAACUACAUAAUCGAUGCGAACGGAUACAUCGUAUACACAGACGCACCAAAGAUCGAGGGCGUCGAAUAUUUGGGAAGAUUUUUCGGCGAAAUUGAAGGCGCAGUGAUGCAGGCGUUAAUAAACGAAAGUGUUUUUCGCCAGCUAACAAUGUUCGAUUAUCAAGCUUUCACAAAUGAGGACAAACCACCUACUCCCAGUAGAGGUUCAUUUUUAUUCAAUCCUUUCAAUCAUUUAAUUUGGAUGGUGCAAUGGAUGUUCUCAAAAAUGUUAUGGGUUAUCGUAGAAGCCAAUUUAUGGCCGCUGAUUGACGCUUGGAAAUAUUGCAGCGAAAUUGGAGCCGAAUCUAGUAGAUCUAAUGUAAGCAGCAGCGCUGCCACUUGCGCUAAGGCUGCGAAAAAGUACUUGGAUAGAUGUCGUACUCGAGAAGAACCUGCACACAUCGAGCAACCAGACGAAAAUCAGAAAACGAUAAAAAAAAUAGAAGCUGAUAAGAAGUUUUCACUAUAUUUGUCAAGCGGUCACGCACCCAUCGAUAAUUCAAAUAGAAAUGGCAGUUGUGCCAGACCAUUCAAAGCACACAGAAUUCCGAGGACCAAUUUAAUUUUGAUAUCGUUGAACAUGAGUACAACAUCGUGUGACAUAAAACUGAGCGUGCAACAAGAAAUAAUCCAAUAUUAUAAUUCGGCCGAUAUCAAACUCAUAACCGAUCGCAAAAAACUGCCAGAAGGAAAAUACAUCGGCGUUCCAGCUUGUAACAAAAAAUUCCUAAAUUCGUACCCGAGGAAAAAAUUACGAGGCUGUAGCGAUAAACAAGUUCUUAAUUCAACCCAAUACGAACCGUGCGGCUCGAAUAGAUUUUUCAGCACUAGACAAAGUUUAUUAAUCACUUUAUUAUGUAAUUUUCUGAUAUUAUUUCAUUAUUUAAGAUUUUGUUGAGAUGUUUUAUUAAAUAAAUGUUGUGUUUGAAUAAA